AUGUCAGCUAUACCAGGGUUCGGUGGCGAUUUGAAUAGUAAUAUAGACGAAGACUCUAAUUUAAAUAAAUCGAGUGUCGUGGAAAUUAAUGGGCAAUCGGAAUGGAGAUUUGAAGUUCCAUUUAGAACGAUUAUGAAGUUGAAGGUAGUGAACGGAAUAGGGGAAAUAUUUGGUACAGAAUUACCUCUAAAUGUCGAAAUUCUGCUUACUGGAGUCAAGUAUGCAAUAUAUGCCCCAUUAGAUGAAGGAUGUAAGGUUGAAUACUACUGUGUUUCUAAUAAAGCGAAUUCGACAUCUACAAAUGAAGACGACGAAAUAAGUGAGUAUAUAAGUGAAGAAACUUCAAUGAAUCAUUAUAUGAAUUUGCAUUUUGCAUUGGAAUCGUAUCGUCAAUCUAUAUCUGAACAUAACUUUGUUAAUAGUUCGUCUCAAAAGACAGGACCUCGAGUAUUGGUUGUGGGUAAUCGCCAUUCGGGUAAGACCUCUCUUGUGAAGACGCUUGCAUCAUACGGUUGCAAGAUGGAUAGGAGUCCGAUAUUGGUGAAUUUGAAUCCUAGAGAUGGUGUAUUCUCGGUGCCAGGGUCGUUGACGGCUACACCCAUCAGUGAUGCAUUUGACUUGGAAAGUGUAAAUGGUUGGGGUGGAUCAACGACAUCUGGAUCCACAUUUCAUAAUCCGAAACAACCAUUGGUAAAGAAUUACGGAUUUACUAGCCAUUCGGACAACCUAGACUUAUAUAAAUAUCAAAUAUCGAAACUCGGAGUUGCUGUAGUGUCUCGUAUGGAAGAGGACAUAGCAGUCAAAAAUAGUGGAUUACUCAUUGACACGCCUCCAUUAUCAAUCAAAGAUUUCACGAUUAUUGAAAAUAUUGUAUCUGAUUUCGAAGUUAAUAUAAUUGUGGUUAUAGGCAACGAAAGGUUAUUAAUUGAUUUGAAGAAGAAAUUCAAGCAUAAGAUCGCUUCAUCCCAACUAGACUUUGUCAAAGUUCCUAAGAGUGGUGGUGUUAUAGAGGUAGAUGAUGCAUAUAUAAGAAAAUCGCAAGAGGAGAGUAUCAAAGAGUAUUUCAAUGGUACCAUCAGAAGUCCUUUAUCUCCUUUCAAAACGGAGCUUGAUGCGAAAGAUUUCGUAAUUUACAAGUGUGUUGAUAGUCUGGAAGCGAAUUCAAACCUUUCAUUCCUCCCGUCUGGAGAUUCAUUUACCCCAGAAGCUUCAGAAAUGUCAGAUGGAGAUAAGAAGGAGGAAUUCUCCCUCGAUACCUAUUACUCUCAAUUGCAAGAGCCUAGCUCUUCGAACUUGGAUAACUCGAUUGUUGCUAUCACCCAGUUGCCUCAGAAUAAUAAACUGGCUAGGGACUUAAUGAAUACUUGUGUUUUGGGUUAUGCUCAUGUUUCUAAAUUUGACGAUACUAAGAGUAAGAUGAAAGUCUUAUUACCAUUUCCUGGUGCAUUACCAAGAAAUAUUUUAAUUUCUACAAGCGUAGGAUAUACUGAAUAG